AUGAGCAAAGUGAAACCAAGAGGAACCUCAACAUCUUUUGCAAUUCAAGAAGUUCAAAGGUACAUGGAUGAGACUCCUAUUGGAAGAAAUGACAAUCCACUUGAGUGGUGGAAAAAUCACCAACACCUUUAUCCGAAUCUAGCUCACUUGGUGAAAAUUAAGUGCAAUAUUAAGGCAACCUCUGUACCAUGUGAACGAUUAUUUUUUAAGGCAGAAAAUAUAUAA